CAGAGCAACUUUCCUUUGAUGAUUUUCAAGAAAGCUGUGCUGUGAAGUGGCAAAGUCUCCAGGAAGCAAAAUGCCCUGGUCCCUGGGGAAACUGGUCUUUUAUUCCAGCGUGGUGGCCAGUGGGGCCUGCACCCUUACAUAUUACCUGAUACAAAAGGCUUUUUCCAAGGCUUCCUAUUACCAGCAGGCAUUGGAACAGCUGCAUGGCCACCCCGAGGCCCUGGAAGCCCUGGGCACUCCCCUCAAUGUCCACUAUCUCCGCCUCACCGACAAGUACAACUUCGUGGACAUUGCCAAAGCCCAGUUGAAGAUUCCUGUCUCUGGACCCAAGUCAGAGGGCCAUCUCCAUGUCAUCUCAUCGAGAAAUGCUCCCUUUCAGAGGUGGCACCUUCAGGAGGUCUUCUUAAAGCUUGAGGAUGGUCAGCAGAUUCCCAUGUUCAAGCUCAGUGGGAACACUGGUCAUGAAGUAGAAAAGGAGUAA